UGAAACGAAAGGGAACUAGUUGAAAGUUAAGCAAGUUUGGGCAGCUUGAAUCCUGGACCUACCAUAGCUCUGUUUGUCAUGCGCUUAUCGUAUCAACACGGACAAGUGUUAUAUUUAGACAUCUGCUUCAUAUGAUUUAAUAGUGACUGACUGUACAUGCAGUAACAGCAGCGAGCCGAUCCUCGCGCUCUAGAUUUGCGCAGUUUUGCUUCGCUUGUGAAAUACGCUCACGCCUGAACGGAAGGACACAGGAAAUGAACGGAUUGUUUAUUUUGAAGAAAAGGCAGGAGGAACGACUUCCUCAAAUAGGACGGUAAUGUGUGUCUCUGGAGACACAGCGCGCGCAGUGCGCCUCAAGGUCUCCUGACUUUCUGCACUGAAUUCACAAACCGUUUUGUAUAAUUGCAUAACCGCUGGCGCAAUCGAGAUAAAACUGGACCACGUUGUAAUAUGUAGUGAUGCGCGCUGCUUUAAUGAAUUGCAAGACGCUGGACGUCACAGCCUCGCGCCUCUCCGUGCCACAGGUGCGCACUAAACUUUGGUUAUUCAUUAUUGAUUAACUGUGGAAAGAAAAGGAGGACCGCGCAGAGGGACAAUUACUCGCACUAUGGAGAUCAUGUCCAAUCAACCUACAGCAGAGACUGGUGGCGACCACACCGCUGGGGCUUCCAUGUCUGCAGGCGUGGAGAGGGCUGAUCUGACCAGCCCGAGUCCGGUGACCAAACAGAGGUCCCUGAGGGCGGUUUAUGUGCUGAAUGAUGGACUGAAGGCAGUGGCCGCGAACAGCCCGGAAUCCGGGGCGCUCCAGUGUCUCCAGCGCGCCUGCGACGCGGAGAGUGCCAUAUUAACCACAGUGACUUUCGGACGAUUAGACUUUGGGGAGACAACAGUGCUUGAUACAUUUUAUGAUGCAGACAUUGCAGUUGUGGACAUGAGCGAUGUGUUUAGACAGCCCUCCUUAUUUUAUCACCUCGGUGUACGUGAAAGCUUUGACAUGGCCAACAAUGUCAUCCUCUACCACGACAUGGACCCUGACACGGCACAGUCACUUAAGGACAUGGUGACACAGAAAAACACAGCUGCAAGGCCAGUUAAAAUAGGGUUCCCAUGGGUCCAGUUGCCUCCCGAGUACAGGGGCUCCGGCCUAAGAAACAAAGCCUCCAGCGGGAAUUACUAUUUCAUCCCGUACUUGAUGACACCCAGCAACGAGUACUUGUGCUGUGAGAACGUGGCCCAGCGGAGAGCAUCAGAGUACAUGCAACCCAACUGGGACAACCUUCUAGGACCUCUGUGCGUCCCAUUGGUGGACCGCUUUGUCAACUUGCUCAAAGACAUUCAUGUCACGUCUUGUGCUUCAUAUAAAGACACUCUACUGAACGACAUCCGAAAAGCUCGAGAUAAAUACCAGGGUGAGGAGCUGGCCAAGGAGCUUUCACGUAUCAAACUCCGCAUCGACAACACUGAGGUUCUGACUCAGGACAUUGUUAUUAACCUGCUUUUCUCCUACAGAGAUAUACAGGACUAUGAUGCUAUGGUUAAAUUGGUACAGACCAUCGAGAUGUUGCCCACCUGUGACUUGGCCGACCAGCCCAUGAUUCAGUUCCACUACGCUUUUGCGCUCAAUAGGCGAAACAGCCCUGGAGAUCGAGAGCAGGCGUUGCGCGUGAUGCUGCAGGUUCUUCAGUCAUGUGAGCACCCUGCACCUGACAUGUUCUGCUUGUGUGGCCGCAUCUAUAAGGACAUCUUCCUCGACUCUGACUGCAAGGACACCAAGAACAGGGACAACGCCAUCCAGUGGUAUAGAAAAGGCUUUGAGUUGCAGCCCACUCUCUAUUCAGGCAUUAAUCUGGCAGUGCUGCUUAUAGUGGCCGGACAGCAGUUUGAGACUUCCAUAGAACUCCGGAAGAUCGGUGUGAGGUUGAACAGUCUGCUUGGCCGCAAAGGCAGUCUGGAGAAGAUGAAUAACUACUGGGACGUGGGGCAGUUCUUUACUGUCAGCAUGCUGGCCAAUGACAUCCCCAAAGCUGUGCAGGCUGCAGAGAAACUCUUCAAACUCAAACCACCCAUAUGGUACCUGCGAUCAGUCGUCCAAAACCUUCAGCUGAUUCAGCAUUUUAAGAAGCAGAACACUGAGCAUUCUCCUCAAAGAGAGAGACUCAACUUCUGGAUGGACAUUAUCGUGGAGGCUACACAAGGAACCACCAACGGCCUGCGUUUUCCGGUGUUGAUUCUGGAGCCAACAAAAGUGUACCAGCCCUCGUAUGUGUCCAUUAACAGUGAAGCUGAGGAGAAGAAUGUUUCUAUAUGGCAUGUGUCGCCUGCUGAGACGAAGGGAAUACAUGAGUGGAACUUCACUGCCUCAUCCAUCAAAGGCAUUAGGUGAGAUUGAGAUUCAUUCUCUCUGUCUCUACCUUUCAGUUUCUUUUUCUUUCUUUUUUAUAGUCCGGAAACAAUAUUUAAAUUAUCCUUAUUUUAGGGUUAGGUCAAGGGCUUAAAAACAUUCCUUCUCAACCUACAGUGUCAUUUCUCACUGAUUCAUGGGUAAUUAAAUGUUUUAAUUUUUUAAUUUUGGAGGGUUAGUUCUUUCUGUUUGACAGGAAUGUUGCUCAAGUAUAAACAAACGGUGCUUAAGUAGGAACUAGUUCGACUUGUUAUACUUGGCAGUUACUUGGCAAAAACAAUAGAGAUGCACAAUAUUGCUAUCAUUGGUUAUCCGUUU